UAUCUAUAUAAAUGUCAGCACGUAGUAGGACGGUGUAUAUAACCCGCGUGUAGUGCAACAGACGGAGCGAUAUUAAAAGUAAAAUCAUCGCGAAGAAAGAUGGUGGUGACAGUGGCUUCCGUACGUCAACAACUCACAAAUCUGGCGCAUUCCGGCGGUUCACACAAAGAUCAGGCCGAGAAGUAUCGUUCAACUUUGGACAUGAUAUUGUUGUCUUCCGGCGAAGAACUAGUCGAUGCCCUGAAGACGUUUAUCGAAGCAAUUGUGAAUGAAAAUGUGAGCUUGGUGAUUUCGAGGCAAGUUCUGACUGAUGUUAGCAGCCGUUUAUUAUUUUUACCUGAUGAGAUAUCAAAAGCUGUUUCACAUUACACAUUAGAUAAGGUUCAGCCACGUGUAAUUUCCUUCGAAGAACAAGUAGCUAGUAUAAGACAACACUUAGCUGAUAUUUAUGAACGUAAUCAGAAUUGGCGAGAAGCUGCAAACGUUUUAGUCGGUAUACCAUUGGAAACAGGACAAAAGCAAUAUACCAUUGAUUACAAACUCGAGACUUAUCUUAAAAUUGCUAGAUUAUAUUUAGAAGAUGAUGAUCCAGUUCAAGCUGAAGCGUUUAUCAACCGAGCGUCACUUUUGCAGGCCGAGUCUAAAAAUGAACAACUACAAAUCUAUUAUAAAGUCUGCUAUGCAAGAGUACUAGAUUAUAGAAGAAAGUUUAUAGAAGCUGCUCAAAGAUACAAUGAAUUGUCAUAUAGAUCUAUUAUUCAUGAAGACGAACGCAUGACUGCUCUUAGAAACGCAUUAAUUUGCACAGUAUUAGCUUCUGCAGGACAACAGAGAAGUCGAAUGUUGGCAACCCUAUUCAAGGACGAACGUUGCCAGCAACUUCCGGCUUAUUCGAUCCUUGAGAAAAUGUAUCUGGAUCGUAUCAUUCGGCGUUCGGAAUUGCAAGAAUUCGAAGCGUUAUUGCAACCUCAUCAGAAAGCAUGCACCAUCGAUGGAUUAGGCUCCACCAUACUCGAUCGUGCCGUCAUUGAGCAUAACUUGUUAUCAGCUAGUAAAUUGUAUAACAACAUUUCGUUCGAAGAAUUGGGCGCAUUGUUGGAUAUCCCACCCACUAAAGCGGAAAAGAUCGCCAGCCAAAUGAUCACCGAAAGCAGAAUGAAUGGAUAUAUCGAUCAGAUAGAUUCUAUAGUACAUUUUGAAACGCGCGAAACCUUACCGACGUGGGACAAGCAAAUACAAUCGCUGUGUUACCAAGUAAAUCAAAUAAUCGAAAAGAUAGCUCAAACCGAACCGGAAUGGAUCGCGAAAGCAAUGGACGAUCAGAUGGUGCAUUAAUAUAGAUUUUCUUUAAUACGGAAGAAUCAUUAUCGUCGCGCGAGAGUAAGAGAAUUUCAUUUAUAAUAAUAAUUGUAUAUUAAUUCUAUAACAGAGAAUCAGAGCCAAAAUAAUAAUCAUUUAUAAUUAAUAGCUCAUUCUUCAAACGCAAAUAUUGUCCGAUAUGCACGUUGUUCAUUGUAUUUAUUUUCUAUAAUAUAACAUCUUUCGUUAAAUUUUUCAGAAGUAUAUCCACAUUGUUUUUUAAAGGAUUAAUAAGUAAAUAUAUGUUUAAGAUAUCUUAAACGCAUAUUAAAACUUUACAUUCUUAAAACUUUACAAUAUCAGGUUCUAGUAUUUCGUUAACACUUAUUAUUAAAAAUGGAACUAAUAAAAGAUCAAUAAAAUUUAUCAUAACACAAAUAAAUGUAAGUUUAUUUAAAGGAAACGUUUUAAAAAAAUUACUUGUUUUCAGUCAACUCAAAUAAAAUCAUUGUAUAUGAUAAAAAAAUAAUGUAAAUUCUUGUAAAUAAAUCACAUUUACAUUUCG